CACGUGUUGCCGGGGCGCUGAGGCGGCGGGCGGCCCGUCAGUCAAUCAGGCGUAUUUCUUGAGCGCUUACUGUGUGCGGAGCACUGGACUAAGCGCUGGGGAAGGACAGGUUGGCAACAGCUAGAGGCGGUCAUGGCGGAGGCGGCGGCGCAGCAGGCGCGGGUGCAGGACGCGGUGGACGCCAUGGUGAAGGGGCUGGAGCGGGACAACAUACGAAAGAUGCAGGGCUCCAUGUUCCGCUGCAGCGCGGGCUGCUGCGACGACUCCCAGGCGUCCAUGCAGCAGGUGCACCACUGUAUUGAACGCUGCCACGCGCCGCUGGCCCAGGCGCAGGCCCUCGUGACCGGCGAGCUGGAAAAGUUCCAGGACCGCCUGGCCCGCUGCACCAUGCACUGCAACGACAAAGCCAAAGACUCGCUGGACGCCGGCAGCAAGGAGCCUCAGGUGAAACAGCAGCUCAACUCGUGCAUCACCAAGUGCGUGGAUGACCACAUGGGCCUCAUCCCCACCAUGACCAAGAAGAUGAAGGAGUCCCUGGCCUCCCUGGCCAAGUGAAGCCCCGCGGGCCGGCCGC